GCGUAACAACUUUCAACAAGUGGAUUUUUCGUCUCAGACUACUCAGAUAAAAGUAGCUCUUGUGCUCAUUCAUUUAGUGAGUUGGAGUAGAGUUUAUCGCAAACUGAGACUUUUCCCCUUCUACGUUUGUACUUUUCUUUUUGUAAAUGUUUUACAGUAGUCCAUUUUGACUUGCGGUCAGAAACAGAAAAUGCUUCUAAAAACGAUGUCCACGCAUUAACGUUCUGAAGUUGGAGUGCCCAGUGACAUGAAACUUAUUCCACAACAAGCUCCGUUAUAUGGCAAGUGUCUGAUUACCGUGCAGUUAUGUGAGGAGGAGCAGCCAGGGGAUGUGGAGGGGGUGGAGUUCUACCUGCUGUUUGCUGGCACCACCCAGAGCCACAUAACCAGCGCGCUGCGGAGCGGCCAUGACAUCCUGCAGGCCCUGUGUCCCGCACAUGACUGUUGUGAGGCAGUGCGGGUCACCCUGUGCUCGGCCGCACCCGGAGGGACCCCGAUCAUGGUGGCCCAUCACCCCUUCAGCUUCCUCCAGGACCUGGCCUUUGACAUGGCCCAGUUCCUGGUGAGCACAGCAGGGAAGCAGGAUGGCCUGGAGGGGGCUCUGAUGCUGGACGAGUGUCUGAUCCCACUGCAAGAGUGUGAGAGGCUGGACCAGAGCCUGGCACUGGCUCUGAAUCACCUCACCCUGCCCCAUGGGUGGAGCCUACUGGGACACAAACUCAACAGCAGCACUGGGACAGAGCAAGAGCCCCAGGAGACCCUUCUCCACUUUGCAGCCCGCCGCGGUCUCCGAAGGGUGGCUGGAUUCCUGCUGCUGCAGCCUGGAGCUCAGGACGCCCUGGGCCUGACCAACAAGCAGGGGCUGACAGCCGCCUGCAUCGCCCAGCAGCGAGGCUACAGCCAGCUGCAGGAGCUCCUCACACAGGCAGAAACAAGAGCUGAGACGGACAGAGGGACGGACGCUUUCACACCGGGCCCAGCCACAAGGAGGGACACCCAGGUGGUGUGGAACAUCCCGAGCCUGGACACGCACACCCUGAGCGUGGCCACAGCCCCGUGGUUUGACCCCACAGCCCUCCAAAUCGACGUGGAGCAUUUGCGGCACCUCAUCUGUCAGCUACACGCCAAGGGAGUUUCUUCUCUUCAGCUGCAGACUGAGUCACUUCACACCGCCCAGGAAUGCUGUGAGGGCUUAGAGACCGAGGUAGCUUGUUUGGAGCAACCUCGGCAACUAGCCUCCCCAGACACACAAGCCCAGGGGUGCGAGAAAGAAAACAACGGCGAGGGGAACGACAGGGGUCCGUCUCUCGCCACUCCGACCUCAGAGUGCCCCCCUGACGAUGGCCAGUGCCUCUGUGGAGACAGGGUGUGUCUGGGUCCUAACAGCCCGCGAGAUUACGACAAAGCAGAGGAGGAAGAGAAGAAAGAGGGAGGAGAGGAGGAGGCUGGUGGCGUAGGAGCCUCUGGGAGGGUGAGCUGUAGCGGUGACAGUGUGCAGAGCCAGUCUAAGGGAGAAAGCCUUGCCGUGGGAUCCCAACUAUUACCAUCCUGUGGAAAACAUCAUGAGGAAAGCGAUACAGAGGGGACUGUAAUCUGUGGGACCCCGGGGGCCGCAGAGGGGACGAACCAGGAAGGAGAGGAGAGGACCGCUGAGAGGGACGACGAGAAACACUCAGACUUAUCUUCCCCCGGUGGAGGCACCACAACCACAGCCAUGGGGCAAACGCAAUCCCUGGAAAACUCGGAAAGCUCCGACACUGAUAUGGAGUGCUCCCAGGAAGGGGAGCGCGAUGGAGACAAGGAGAUGGAAAUCGACCAGAACCUCUCUGCUAAACCUCACUUAGAGAAGGACAAAACUGAGAACAAAGGGUUACCAGACUCUACCAGCCCCUCUAUGGGCCUCCCUCCUUCCCCCUCUGUGUUCACUGGUGACCUCAUGCAGGAGGUUCCGUCUGACGCAGGGUCUCCAUGUCCCACGACAGAGGGCCCCCGUGACGAGGAACCUCCAUCUGAGACAAACAGCUUGGAACAAAGUCAGGAAACAGCUGUUGGGGAUUACCCUGCGCAGGAACUGCGGGGCGACCGCCCUGAUGUUAGCAAUCACACAGGCCCAGGAACGGAGCGCCAUUCUGGGGAGUAUGCUGAGAACGAGAUAGGACAUGCUAAUGACUAUGCUGGACCGCUUAGAAAUGAAGAGGUGGAGCUAUCUUCUGAUCCUGAAGGUUAUUAUUUGCCUUCCAAUGAACCCACUGACCUGGAGGAAAGAGCCUCAGAACCCAUGGUCGGCAGUGAUCAUGUUGACGAGGAGCUGAAUGAGGAGUCUAUUUCCAGUGAUCUGCUUUUCACAAUGGCCACUUCCGAAGCCGACUUGGGAGCGGCCCCCGACCUCUCCAGCGAUGAAGACACGUUUCGCUCCGUCAGCAGCUCUCUGACGGAGAUCUUCCCUCUGACGGAGGACUCAAACAUAACUGGCGAGGAGGGUCAGGAGGAAGACUUUGAUGUUUCCAAAAUGGAGGCAAGUGAGGAGGACACACGCGACUCAUGGAUCCCCAUGGAGCUGAGCAGCAGUGUGGGGAUGGGCUUGGGAAAGGCCCCUGUGACACUCUCUGGCACAGUACCCAAACCCCAACCUCCCCCUGGUCACAACACAACACAGCCAUGGAACGCUGAGAAGACACCAGAGCCCCCGCUAGAAAGGAAAUCAGCAGCCUCGGUUACCGCGCCAAUCGACCAACCAGUGGAGGUGAACGAGAGCCUGUGUUCCCUUUCUGAAGUCAACGACCCGGAACUCUCAGACCAUUCUGAGGAGAUCCCAUUGGGGUUGAAGGUCGUGGAAGAGGACAUUUCUGGAUUCCCAGACCCUGAAGGCUGUGAAACUCCUGCCAUCGACGACGAGGCCCCACCCCCAGGGACCAGCUUCAGCUCUGAGGUGGCGUCAGCCGGGGAAAAGGAUCUUCCAUCGGACCUAAGGCCACUCGGUGGGGAAAACUCAGCGAUGGUGGUGGCUGGAGGACCCUGCGACACCACGGCAGAUUCAGGGCCGUCAGACGGGCACCCGCCUAUAGACAACAUAUCCAAGUCCAUUUCUGAUGACGUCAUCCAGGAUCUGGGUCCUGGUUCAGCGUCUUCCAAUUCAGAGGGUGUCCCUGGAGCAGGUCCUGGCCCCCCUGGGAACCAGGGGCCUGAGGAGCCUUCUGCUGAAGAGUUGCUACCAGACCUGAUAGCACAGAGAGCGGAGGGAGCACCUGGGAACGUGGAAGAAGCAUCAAUUCACCCAACGUCCCCUAAAGGUGUGCAUGUUUCAGUGACUGAAGAAGCAGUAGAUGGACAAGCAGACAUUUCCUUGAUCCACAGAGACAAGGAGGCAGCCUACCCUCUCCCCCUGAGUCCCUGUGAGCAGGCCUCUGCCUCAGACAGCGCUGGCAGCACCCUCUCCACAGCCUGUCCCCAGUUGGCCGUGUGUCCCCCCGUGAGCGUGUCCUCCGGCCCCCGAGACUCUGGCAGUGACACCGAGAGCUUCCUCAGCACAGACGCCGGAGAGGACUGCGUCUUCAGGAAGGGUGAUGACACUGUGACCGGUGGGGACAGCACCAGCGAGGUGUCCGUCUCGUGCUCCUCCACAGACGACACCGCCAGCGUGGGCCCGACCAGCUCCAGCCCAGAGAGCUGCGUGGAAGGCCAGGGGCUGCGGAGCAGCUGGAGCCCAGAGGAGGGCAGCCAGCCGGGGGCUAACGCCGGAGAAGGAGCAGGGGGUGGAGGAGAGACUGAGGAGGAGGCUAAGGACAGGCUGACAGAGGUACCCAGGCGCUCGGGCAUCCUGCGGCCCAGCAUACGGUCCCUCUCUCCCUUCAGACGUCACAGUUGGGGGCCAGGGAAGAACGCAGUCGGAGAGACAGACAUGAAGCAGAGAAGCGCCGUACGGAGUCACGGGGAGGGGAAGACAACAUUUCAUAGAAGAAGUAUGAGCUGGUGCCCCCCUGAAGCCCCCCACAGCCCUGGCCUUGAUGUGGUUAGUUGCCUAAGCUACAGCCUGGAGGCCCUGAGUGGAGAAAGGGAUGAUGGGAGCGCUUCCGCCAAGCACUUCAGUACCCUGGAGCCUCAGCGAGGUGUGCUCCGUCAGCACAGCGAGGAGAGGGCUGGGUCGCUGGUGUCCCUCACAGAGGAACACGAGUCGGACCUGGCCGAGCGCAGUGGCACGGAUGGACAGAAGACAAGGAGGUAUCGUCCCUUGAGGCACAGCUGCCCCCCUAUGACCCUUCCACUCACCAAGUCAGUCUCCAUGGUAGCUAUCAGCCAGAGAGACACGGAUGAUAUGAGGUCAUUUUCCAGCACCUCAGGCUCUCUGGCAUACAGUAUCUCUGAGGAGGAGCCGGGGCCUCUGAGAAGUGACACAGAGGGGAAGAGUGGGACCAAGGUGAGCCGCACCUUCAGCUACCUCAAGAGCAAGAUGUACAAGAAGACCAGGGAAAAAGAGCGAGAGAAGAGCAGAGAUAAAGAGCGGGAGGCAAAAGACAGAGACAAACGAACGUUGAAUGGCCAUCUCUUCACCACUGUCAGCUCUGCGCAUGUGGGAGGUCCCUGCCAGCAGUGCAACAAAACCAUUAACAACAAGGAAGCCUUCCUCUGCACAAACUGUAACACACACGUUCAUAAGAGCUGUAGGGAAAACUUGCCCAGCUGUGCAAAGGUGAAAAUGAAGUUCCCCAAACAGCAGUUUGCAGUCGCAGACUCAAACACCCUCCCAGUAGUCAUCCUGAGGUCAAAACCUACUGGGAUGAAGGAGCGGCCCCGGUCGGCCAUCUUGGUUCCUGAGGACAACUCGACGCUGGGCGUCCCCCCUUCACGCAGACACACCAGCAUCAUGCCCUUCAACAGCACCAACCUGUCCAAGAGCAUCUCCAUCAGCAACAUUGCUGGACCAGUGUUUGAUGACAUUCCUAUCAAGGGCCGGCGGUACCUGUCCCAGUCAACUGACUCCCUGCACAAGACUAGCCUGGUCAACGAGUCUACAGAGUCCCUCACAGAUGAAGGGACGGAAAUGAUGGACAGCCAACUGAUGGGGGAGUUUGAGGCAGACGUGAAAGAGCUGGAGGCUGACUCAUGGACCUUCACGGUGGAGGAGAAGUUCCUGAAGCAGCUGAAGAAGGACGUCAUCAAGAGGCAGGACGUCAUCUAUGAGCUGCUCCAGACGGAGAUGCACCACGUGCGGACCCUGCGCAUCAUGUCGGAGGUCUACAGCAAGGGCCUGCAGAAGGAGGUGCAGCUGGAGGGCCAGACGGUGGACAGGGUGCUGCCCGUGCUGGACGAGCUGCUGGAGCUGCACACCCAGCUCUUCAGCCGCCUGCUGGAGAGGAAGAGGGACAGCCAGCAGGAGGACGCGGCCACCGCCGGCGGCUUUGUCAUCCACAGGAUAGGGGACGUCCUUGUCAACCAGUUCUCAGGGUCCAACGCGGAGUGCAUGAAGAGAGUGUAUGGACGUUUCUGCAGCCGCCACAAUGAGGCGGUCAACUUCUACAAGGAGCUUCUAACCAAAGACAAACGCUUCCAGGGCUUUAUCAAGAAAAAGAUGAGCAGCAGCAUUGUGCGACGGUUAGGCAUCCCAGAAUGCAUCUUGCUUGUGACCCAGAGGAUAACAAAGUACCCAGUGCUGAUGCAGAGGAUACUACAGCACACAAACGAGGCAGAGCAUGACCAUGAGGAGCUGACGGAGGCCCUGCGUCUGGUGAAGGAGGUGUUGGCAGCGGUGGACAGCAAGGUCAACGAGCACGACAAGAAGCGGCGUCUGAAGGAGGUGUACGCGCGCACGGACAGCAAGUCCAUCAUGAGGAUGAAGAGCGGCCAGAUGUUCGCCAGGGAGGACCUGGUCAGGGGGCGGAGACUGAUCCACGAUGGGCCCCUGCAGCUGAAGAACGCCCAGGGCCGACUGAAGGAUGUCCAGGCCAUGCUGCUCUCAGACGUCUUCCUCUUCCUCCAGGAGAAAGACCAGAAAUACGUCUUCGCCUCCCUCGAUCAGCGCUCCACCGUCAUCUCGCUCCAGAAGCUGAUCGUGCGCGAGGUGGCCAACGAGGAGCGAGGUCUCUUCCUGAUCACGGCGGGCAUUCAGAAGCCCGAGAUGGUGGAGGUUCUGGCCAGCACCAAGGACGAGCGCAACACCUGGAUGCAGCUCAUCCAGGACGCCAUGCACUCCAUGGACAAGGAUGACGACGAGGGCAUCCCCAGUGAGACAGAGGAGGACAAGAGGCAGCUGGAGACCAAGGCCAAGGAGAUGAGAGACAUGCUGAGGAAGAAGGAUGAGCAGAUCGUGGCUCUGCUGGAGGAGAAGAUGAAGGUUUUCAGGGACAUGUGCGAGUGCGGGAGCCCCGUGGAGGAGCAGAGCUCCAGGGGCAGGGUGCUGUUCAGGGCCAGCAGCCAGGACGUGCCCAGGGGAGAGCCCAUCAUGAAGGACGCCCUGCACGAAGUGGAGACGUUGCAGGUGCUCGUUAACGGCAGCCUGGGGGGGGCGGUGGCGGUGGGUCAGCAGACGGCCGCGAGCCCAGAGGCUGCAGGAGCAGGGGGGGUGGGCCCCGUGUGUCUGCCCCGGCGGGCCGAAACCUUCGGUGGCUUCGACAGCCACCAGAUGAACAUCUCCAAGAACGGAGACAAGGAAGAGGAUGUGGACACCGCUGACCUUCGCAGGACUGAAUCAGACAGCGUCUUGAAGAAGGGAGGAAAUGCUAACCUGCUGUUGCUCCUGAAGAAGAACAGUGAGCAGGUUCUCCUGAGCGUCACGCAUCUCCACGACCUUCUGAACACGCUGCAGGCGGUCGUGGUUCAGCAAGACACCUUCAUCGAGGACCAGCGGCAGGCCCUCACCGAGCGCCCACCCUCCUCCGCCUCCUCGUCCUCGUCGCGGCCGUCGUCGCGGCCCAACUCCCUGAUCGAGCAGGAGAAGCAGCGCAGCUUGGAGAAGCACCGGCAGGAGAUGGCGUCCCUGCAGCGGCAGCAGGCCGCCCACGCCGAGGAGAAGAGGCGGCGCGAGAGGGAGUGGGAGCAGCGGGAGCAGCAGCUGACUGACCGCGAGGUGCUGCUCCACGUGCAGGAGGAGGAGACGGGCAGGAGGCGCAGGGCGCUGGACGAGGAGCGCCAGGAGCUGCUGGGGAGGAAGGAGGAGUACCAGAAGGACCUGGAGAGGCUGAGGGACGCCCAGAGGAAGCUGGACCGAGAGAGGGAGCAGGUCCAAAGAGAGAUGGAGAGGAUGGAGCAGCUCAGGCUGGCCGAGAGGCGCAUGCAGCGGACUCCCUCCAGCACGUCUGAGGACUCCCUCUGGUUCCCCGGGGGCAGCAGUUUGUCCCUGGAGCAGGGGGAGUCCGGGGAGCUGGAGUACUCCUCCUCCCUCAGGAAGGACUCUCUCUCCAAGCCGGAGGCCAAGCCCAAGUCCAAGACCCUCAACCCGUUCUCCGUCAGAGGCGGCGGGGGCCAGACUGGGGAGAACCAGAUCCCCAACCUGCUCCUGCAGCUGACCAGACCCAAGGAUAAGAAAGAGAAGAAGAAGAAGAAAGGCAAGGGUUCAGGUGCUCAGGCUCCAGACUCGUCCCAGCACCUGCCUGAGCCCGCCCUGGACGGAGACAUCUUCUACUGCUGACACGGCUCCUCUGGUGCUCAGCUUCCCAACAGCAAUGCAAUGACACACUCUCCAACCUACUGCACCAGCUGAAUGUAAGGCCAAGAUGCCAAAGUGCCCAGCCCAUACAACGCCCCAACCUCCUCAUACAUAAACACACACAAACACGCCCACUCAAAAGACACACGUACCCCUUCUGAGUAAUUACACACAAACACAUACACACAUACACACACACACACACACAGUUCCCCAGACGCCACUCACAUGCCUGUGGAGAGCAGGAAAUGGAUGUGAAUGUCUAAAAUGAAUCAUGAGCUCCAUGUGCAAUGACCUUAACUUGUCGCCUCGCCCCUCCUGACUGUUACCUGAUUGGAAAAAAACUCAACAUAAUGGAUACCACUAUCACAUCAGAGGCCGUGAACGUGAUGCCUGGUAGGAUGGUCUAGUUAGAGGCCUCCACACAGAACUGAAAAGAAGCCUAUGCCCCAAAUGAACAAGUUAAUUCAAGGCCCCCUGUACCGUCAGAGAUAUCAGCCAAUGGGUGGCACCUGUGAGCGGUGACCGUUUACUCUUGUCCAAUAGAAAUGUUUCUGUGCAUUAUUCUGCCAAUGAGGAUGAAGACCUGCGGGAAGGGCACACUAAUCGUCCCUGAGCAGACUUGGGGUGGUCAUCUGUUACCCUGGGUGAGAAGAACAAUACUAGCAAACAUCGUCUCUCCCUCUCCUAUGUUUGAACUGCAUAUAUCCUCACAUGUAGCAUACUCCUGUUCUCCAAUGGACGUCAUUUUAAAUGUAUGUGUGUUGACAAAACACAUGGCUGUAGAGUAGACAGAAACAAUUGGAUAGAAAUGGUUCACUCAGACCAUUUAAAAGCAUGACUGAAGCCAGCUAAUGAUGUAGAUUCAUAGAUGUUUUGGUUUUCAAGGGAUUUAGGGUAGGACUUCACCACAUUAUUUCUUUGUACAUUUAAUGCUAUUGAGCACUCCAUUGAUUUGUUGUACUUCACUUGUAUUUUUAAAUAACAAAAAUAAGACUUGUUGAAAUUCAGCGUAUUGUCUUCUCAAAGGUUCCAUAUCAUUUUGUUGAUUUCCAUUGAAAAUUCUAGAUAUCAAAUCUCUCAUUCAUUUGGAUGUUGAUCAAAUGUACAUGUUACUGUACAGUUCAUCAGAAAAGCUGAAUCGUGACUCCAAACCCCCAUAGGACUUUACUUUCAGUUCUGCUUGAAUUCCCUACCUGCUGGACAGGUCUAAAAUGGUAACCCAACCCGGAUAUGAUGCUUUCACAAAUGCAUCAUUUAAAUGCGAUAUGUAUUGACUCAGUUAUAGUGCUUUUGAGAAAGAAAUAUCUCCAGAUUUGACAUGUUUGGAAUCCUUCUUUUGGACCUCAGACUGUCAUUAUACCAUUUGAGUCCAGAAGUGUAUGGGCGAGUCUAUGAGCUGCUUCAUGUCAUUUCUUCAUUAUUGUUCAUUUCUGGUGUGUAAUCCUGUAUAACACACCUGAACAAAUAACAUUUUGGACUUUUCAGUCAAUUGAGGCUAUGGCACAUCAUGGCCACUAGGAGGCACUGGAGCUGUGUCUCAGUAUGAACCAUCAAGCCAACAUAAAGAAGGAUGGAGUACCGUAGCUGUCUAAUGAUUCAUGCUGUGCAAAAUUGACAAUUUCUCUUGGAUUUUUUAUGCAGGGUCAUUGCCAUUUGUAGAUAGUGUUAAAAGCAUGGAGAGACGCACCUUCUAUCAAAAAGUUACAGUGGUCCCUACGGUGUUUAUAAUUGGCAAAGGAAACAGAUAUGUUGUCAGAAGUCAUAAUUGGUUAUUAAAUAAAACCAAUCCUUAAUGGCUUAAACAGAAAGCCCGCCUGGCAAAGCAGAACACAUUCAUUAGAGCAAGCUCUCUCUCUCUCUCUCUCUCUCUACAAGGGACAAUCAAGAGAUUAAAGCCAAGCAUAUACAUUUCCCAAGAGUGAUAGGAAUAUAUAUUUGAUAACCCUUUCCACGAACCUUGUGUAGCCUUAAAUAUAAUGAUGAAAUGCACUAGAACAUGGCCCAGCAUCUUCUCAGGAGGAUACGGAAUAGGUUUUGUACCUCUGCUUUGGAAGUAUGAAGAAUUGUUUGUACGAAAAGGUACAGAUUUGUUUUAGUUUGGAAUAAUGUAAAAAAAAAGGGCAAAAACAAAUAUGUAAAUAUUACUUAUGUAAAGAAAAUUCAAAUGUAAGAGUAUUAAUUAUAUGUUUGAUUUGUGAUUUAUUGCAGCAUUUUGUAAGAAGGCUUUAUUUAUCUUUGAUCCCCGCCUUUUUGGUGAUGUUCAAUGUAAAGUCAUAUUUCUGUCAUAUUAAAAAACUAUAAUGUC